AUGAAGACACCUUUUAAAAUUGAAGAGGAGGCAGCAUUGGUUUAUACAAGAAAAUCUUUCAUCAUCUUCCAAGAAGAGUUGUUUAAUAGUCUACGGUACCAAGCAAGAAGAUUGUCUCUGACUAGUGAGGCGAAGACAUAUGGAGUGACAGUUCAUGGUAAAGAAACACCUCUUUACCAUGUGAUAUUGGAGGGUAGUGGAGAACAUGCUACAUGUACAUGCCAUAUGUGGGAGUUUAUGGGGAUUCUUUGUAGGCAUAUCUUGUGUGUUUUUGGCAAGAAAGCGAAAUUAAAUAGAUUGCCAGAGCAUUAUGUUCUAGACAGAUGGACUAUUAAUGCUAAGAGUCGACCCAUUCCCCACAUUCCGUGUUGUGAUGUACAAGUGAGCGUGGAAGUAGAUGAGCCUACGAUGAGAAGAAGCAAGUCAAUGAUACAACUUUAUGACAUUGUAGAACUUGCAUCCCAAUCAGUAGAAAAACACAAUCAUUUCACACUUGCAUUGGAGAAGGUUCACAAAGAGAUGCUUGCAAUGGACGAGCAUGUAGAAUGUUCACGAGUAGUGCCGGUCAAUGAUGAUCAAAUAGUAAGAAGCCAAGUUGUAUCGAACUUUUCACAAACGGUGCAAGAUCCUCCACGGGUACCCACAAAAGGGCGUCCAAAAUCUUUGAGAGCGAAGAACCCAAAGGAAACACAAAUAACAAAGAAAAGACGUUGUAGCAUUUGCAAGAAUGAGGGACAUGUUAAAAAUAAUUGUCCUUCAGCAAGCAGGAUGCGGAAACUAAAGGUUUUGAGUCAAAGAGGAGCAGCUGAGGAAGGUAUUCGAGAAGUUUGA